AUGGGACUACCAUUAGUUAAUCCACGUGAAGAGAAACAAGAUUCAGAUACAGAAAACUUCAAUGAUUCAGAUUCAGAAUCAUAUACAGAACCAUUAUUUGUGGAAUUAAUCAAUAGAAAAAAUCCAAUAUAUGAUGAACAAAGUAAAAUUUGGAAAUUUUAUGAUUUUGAUAUAGAUUCAUCCAUUGCUAGUUGUUUAUAUAAAGGUUGUGAAAAGACUUAUUCAAUAUUAGAUGUGAGGAUAGCAAAUAGUACAAGUCCAUUAUUUAGACAUUUGGAUAAUAGUCAUGAUAUAACAAGAGGUAUGGUUUUAGGUCAAGAACCAUUAAGUAUUUAUACAAGACCUGAAUCAGUUGAUUUUGAAGGUAUUGCCUUAAGUCUUGCUAAAGUAAUUUUAACAGGUGGUGUAUCGCCAAGUAUGAUUUUGACUAAAGAAAAUUUUCAAGAUUUUGCUAAUUUAAUAUCAAUUGCUUCUGAUGAAAUUACAGAAGUUGAAACAGAACAAAUUAGAGAAAUGAUUCGUAAUCAUUUAAUACAAUGGGAUGUUAUUUUUGAAAGUGAAUUUGAAGAGGAACAAUUUUAUUUUGAUGAUGAACAGAAAAAAUGGAUUAGAGGAGAACCUAAUUUUGAUAAUCUUGAUUGGUUUGAUUGA